CCAGGAGCCUGCUUCUCUUAGUCCCUUCUUUGUUCUUUCCUGAGAGACAGCAAUUUGGGGGUAAUGUGCUUGUGCUCUCCAUGUCGGUAGCCACCACCUCAGGGGGAACUGUAGCCUUAAUUGUUUGCAAUCUCUCAUCUGGGUAGUGUCUUCUUUCUGCAGCUGGACCAGUGCUUCCCUGAACACGUCAUACAGUCCAUGCUGUAUGAAUUGCACCCCCAGUGUUUUCCUGAGGCCAUUUUGAGUAUUAUAGAAAGACAGUUAUGGCUGUUCCUCACUUACAACAGCCUAGCUUCCUAUUGGCCAGUUUGAAGGCAGAUUGCAUGAACAAGCCCUUUGUUCAGAGGUGCCAUGAUCUGGAGAUAGUAAUUGAAGACUUUCCUGCCAAGGAACUGCAUGCCAUCUUCCCAUGGCUGGUGGAAACUAUUUUUGGUAGUCUGGAUGGUGUUAUUGUAGGUUGGAAUCUUCGCUGUUUGCAUGGAAGAGCAAAUCCUACAGAGUAUGCAAUUGCCCUGGAUUUCCUGGACCCCAGUGGCCCAAUGAUGAAGCUGGUUUACAAACUCCAAGCUGAGGAGUACAGAUAUGAAUUCCCAGUCUCCUGUCUUCCCGGCCCUGUGAAGGCUUCAAUGCAAGAGCGAGUCCUACCAGAAUGUUCACUGUACUACAACAAAGUCCAUUUCCCUCCAUCUGGAGGCCUAGGUUCAAACUUGGCCCUCAAUCCAUUUGAGUAUUACAUGUUUUAUUUUGCAAUAAGUCUUAUCACACAGCGGAAUUCUCCCACUACCCAACAUGUCAGCCCUUCCAACAACGCUUACUUCACUCUAGUGGACACAUACCUGAAAUGGUUCCUCCCCACGGAAGGAAGUGUUCUUCCUCCACCGUCUUCCAAUCCUGGGGGAGCCAUCUCUUCACCGGCUCCUAGAUCACCAGUAGUGCCUUUCACUUCUUAUGGCAUGCAUCACACUAGCCUGCUGAAACGGCACAUUGCCCAUCAGCCUUCAGUCAAUGCUGAUCCUGCUUCCCAAGAGAUCUGGAGAUCAGAAACAUUGCUUAAGGUUUUUGUUGAAAUGUGGCUUCACCAUUACUCACUGGAAAUGUAUCAGAAAAUGCAGUCCCCUCAGGUCAAGCUGGAGGUUCUCCACUACCGACUCAGUAUCUCCAGUACACACCACAGUAGUCCUGCCCAAUCCGGCUACCAGGCCCUCCACGCAUACCAAGAGUCGUUUAAACCCACCGAGGAGCAUGUGUUAGUGAUAAGACUACUUGUGAAGCAUCUACACGCUUUUGCCAACAGCCUGAAACCAGAACCACUCUCGCCCUCAGCCCAUUCCCAUACAGCCAGCCCGCUGGAGGAAUUCAAGAGAGUUGUGAUUCCUCGGUUUGUCCAGCAGAAGCUUUAUGUCUUCCUGCAGCAUUGCUUUGGCCACUGGCCUCUGGAUGCCUCUUUCAGAGCUGUGCUGGAGAUGUGGCUAAGUUACUUGCAGCCUUGGAGAUAUGCUCCAGAGAAACCACUUCUGGGUGCAGAGCCUCAGCCUCGCAGUGUGUCAGAGAAAUGGGCUCCCUUCAUUCAAGAGAACCUGCUGCUGUACACCAAGCUAUUUGUAAGCUUUCUGAACCGAGCUCUCCGCACGGAUUUGGUCAGUGCUAAAAAUGCCCUGAUGGUAUUCCGAGUAGCCAAGGUCUUUGCUCAGCCCAACCUCGCUGAAAUGAUCCAGAAAGGGGAGCAGUUAUUCCUGGAGCCGGAACUUGUUAUCCCUCACCGUCAACACCGAAUUUUUAUGAGCCCCACUCUUGGUGGGAGCUUCCUGUCAUCAUGGCCUCCAGCAAUCACAGAUGCCUCAUUUAAGGUGAAGAGUCAUGUUUACUGCCUGGAAGGACAGGACUCCCAGUACAAGCAGAUGUUUGGUCUAGAAGUCAGGAAUUUGGUAUUGAGGCUGGCCCAGUUAAUAGGCCAAGCCCAGCAAACAGCCAAAUCCAUAUCGGACCAUUCUGCAGAGACCAUGGCUAGUCAGUCUUUCCUAUCCUGGUUUAGGUUUGUCCCUUCUGACAUGAAUGGUUGCUAUACAGGCAAUGACCUAGAUGAAAUUGGGCAAGACAGCAUCAAGAAAACAGAUGAAUAUUUGGAGAAGGCACAGGAGUACUUAUGCCAGAUAUUUCGGCUGAAUGAAGCCCAGCUGACCCAGCUGAUGAUGAACUGUGGAACAGCUCAGGAUGAGAAUGGAAAGAAGCAACUUCCAGACUGCGUUGAGAGUGAGACAGGACUAAUUCUUACGCCUCUUGGCAGGUAUCAGAUCAUAAAUGGCUUGCGCAGGUUUGAGAUAGAGUACCAGGGAGAUACUGAGCUCCAGCCCAUUAGAAGUUAUGAAAAUGCCACUCUAGUGCGACUGUUCUUCCAGUUAUCCUCAGCAAUUAAUCAAAGAUUUGCUGAUCAAAUGGAGAUUCUCUGCUCUAGGGAAGACUUUAUUGGCAGAUUGUGUCGCUAUCAUCUUACCAACCCAUUCCCUGCAGAGAGGAACAGACAUAGCCCAGUACUGAAACAAAGAUCAAGACGUUCUCCGCAACCAAGGAUCAGUCUGAGAUUUCUGGCUAGCUACAGGACUCUUCUUUCCUUGUGUAUGAUAUACUUCUUUGCAUCCUGGUUUUGUGUUGGACCACUGGCUUGCACAUUCAUAAUUCUUCUUGGGUAUCUACUUUAUGCAGUAGUAAUGACUUUCUUCACUGAAAGGUGGAAACCUCAUCAACACUAAUUGUUGCCCUUCAGUAUACACUGUAAAACACCUUUACAGGAUAAAAGUACAGUGCUUAGUAAUUAAAAGGUUUCAGCAAAAGGAUCACUUUUGGGUUUGUGGUUGUAGAAGACACUGUAAUCUAUGUAAAUUCAGUUUUGAUAAACCCUUUUCUAUACAGAGUAUUGAAUAUGCAGGAUGAGACAUUGCUUGUGGUUCUGGGAACAAGCUCCAACAGUUGUGGAGCUAAAUCGGACAGCUCAAAGCAGUAUGGGAAAAAUACACAUACCAACAGCCCUAGAUUUGACACUAUAUCCAUACUGCAGCUUUUUUACUUAUCCCACUUCAUGUGGGAAUUGGCCAUUUGAGCUGCUUUCUGCAGGUUUUCUAUCAUGUUGCUGUGGGGAGGGGUUUUCAGUCUGACAAAGACAAUAGUAGUCACAGAUCAUGAGUUCUGGACAGAAAGCUGAAUCCCAAGAAAGCAAUAGAACAAACAUGACAUGAUUAGCAGAAGCAAGUUUUUGGCUUAAGUUACACAACAGAAAACUGAGGGAAAUAGAGCAGGGCUCGACAAAUAAUACAAUCUACUUGCCCAUGGUGAGUAGAUUGUAACCCGGAAGAGCCAGGUUUGGGCGAUCUGCACAUGCGCAGAUCGCCGG